GGUUAUGGAUUUAAACCAGUGCCUUCAUAGAACAUUGUAGAUCAUGGAGAGCAGACCAGGUUCAGUCACCAAUACCUUCUCUGCAGUACUCUCAGGAACAGCUCAAGAGGUGUCUGUAGGAUCACAUCAGAUGGCAGAACAUUCUGACACUGGUUCCAUGGAGUCAUAUCCUGAGGAGCUUCUGGUUGAAGCAAAUGCAGAUUGCGGCGAUUAUGUGGUUGAGAGCGUCGAUGUGAGGGAAUACAACUUACAACCCGUCUGUUUCCUCACUGAAGGUCCAGUGUCUUUGAGACCAGAUCAAGUAGCAGUGCCUUCUCCAUCUACAGAGUUCAGCGAAGGGGAGUUGGAGGUUGAUUGUGAUGAUACAUGUGUGGACUGGGCUAUUGAGGGCCUGAACUUGGGGGAGAGCAGUUGUCAGCUCAACCUCCCUUUUGCUGUGUGCUCCGCCACCAAUGGGCUGGAGGCCGCCUUGAGAGACCACUUGUCUACCGAGUCGAUGGUUCAUGUUGACCUGGAUGCUGGACCCUUGGCCACCUCGACUUCUUCCUUUGACGUUGCCACUGAGAGGCGCAUGUCCAAAGUUGUGCAGUUUGUGUGUGACCUUGACUCAAGGCAUGGCAGUAUAAAGACUGCAGCCAGCACACGGACCCCCACUCCCUUCCCUUCCCCCAGAAGUUCAGCUACAUCUUUCGGAGAGGCUGAGGCAGCGGGAGCAUUUCUGACACAUGGUGGCGCUCAAGCCUCAGACACAGACGAGGCCAAAGGAGAGGACGCUGUACAGGGCUCCGGACUCCACCUAAGGCCUGAGGGAGACGACGAGUCGAGUUUUUUUCGGAAAAUGGGAAGAGGUGUAUCUGCCAUCUUCACCCAGAGAAGGUUUACGUUUCUGCAGCGCUUCACCAGAACUCCCUCACGUUUCACCAGAGCUCCCUCACCGUGCCUUGGAUGUCCAAAAUUAAUGCCGACCGAACGGUCUGCUCUGGGCAAUCACGUCCAAAUGGUCCGUGAGAUGCUCGCCGACCUCGUCAGGAGCUGCCCUUGCUCCCCUUCCAAUCAGGUGACCGUUACUGUAGUGCCUAGCAACUCGAGGGAACAACAGCAGGCCAAAGCACGACAGAGCCCCGAAAGGAUGAAACUGGGAUUUUGAUGUACAGAUGUCCAGAUUUUCUGUAAAGCGUUAAUAAAUGAAUAAAUGAA